UUUCCCUUUAUCUGUACCUCAGGUAACUACAUUUGUCAGCUAACUAGCUAGCUAGCUAGCUAGCUAGAGCCGAGGACAGCGUUGCGUAGAAGGUAUUUGAUACGGCAUUAUUACAGUACAUUUUGAGAAAAGCAGACAUCAUAGUAAUCUGAAUGUUUGGGAGAUUGUGGGGAAAUGUGUUUGUCAGAUGUUUUGAAUUUAUUAAACCAGGAAGCUUUAAAACCCAUAAAAUGAAGCUUGGAAGACGGCGCGGUUGCAAUGGCUGUGUUUACACACAUAGCGACCUGGCUUGUUAUUUUCCGUAUAAGGACAUGGGUGGACUGGUAUUAAGAUUUAUGUGUUUACAAAAAAGAAAAACUGUAUACCCGGCCUUCGCGUUUGUAGCGUACAACGAGUAAAGUUUUAUUUUUAAAAACUGACACAUAACUAAAUAUAGUUAAUCUAACUGCCGGUUGUAUUCCGUGUCAUCGGAAAUCUUCCAUCUUUUCCUGACGAUGAAGUAGGAAGAAAUUUUGACUGCUUUUAAGGCAGGUGGACUCAUAUCACGCACCUUAUUUCCUUAAUUUUGUAUAGACUAUAUAAUCAAAUGAUUCCACAUAAUAUGAAAUGAAAACGGAUAAUGUUUUUCCCCAUAUAAAACCUACCCCAGGUUACUAUAUUGUAAGACAUUCCAUUAACCGAAAAGCACGUUAAUAGGCGCUUAAUGAGAAGUUGCGCCUGUUCACCGAACAUUUAGCGUUUUUUUCCCCAUAGAGCUGUGUAUUCCCAGGAUUAUCCCAAUUGAUUUUUAAUCCGGCGAAACUUGUAAUAAGGAUAUCAGGAAGGAGCCGGGGGGAGUGUCGCUUACGGCGGAUAUACUGCUGAUUCACCGUGACUCUACGGUUUCCAUAAGGGCGGUCGGCCGCGGCUGCCUCCCUCCUCCGCGGCCGCCGACGCGCGGUCCCCCCGCAGUCUGGAGGGAGUCUGCAGAGACCCGGCACUCCUCGCUCCGGCUCUUACACAACAUUUAGGACCCACUUCCGAGGCGCAUCAUGACGUCUGACAGCAGAGUGAGCAAAGCGCUGAAGGUGAAGCGGGAGUGUGGGGAGAACAUGCCGGUGCUGACGGACGGCGAGCUCAUGUCCCUGUCUGUGCGCGAGCUGAACAUGCACCUGCGCGGGCUCUCGCGGGAGGAGGUGCAGAAGCUGAAGCAGCGGCGGCGGACGCUGAAGAACCGCGGCUACGCGGCCAGCUGUCGGGUGAAGCGCGUGUCACAGCGCGAGGCCCUGGAGCAGCAAAAGGCGGAGCUGCAGCGCGAGGUGGAACGGCUGGGCGCCGAGAACGCGGGCAUGCGGCGCGAGCUAGAAGGCUUGGGCGCGCGUCUGGCCGCGCUGCAGCGGUUCGCCCGCGGGCUGGAGCCCGGCGCCGGGAACCUAAUGGCCGUAGCCCCACGCCUCAACACCGCCUCGGUCAUCACCAUCGUGAAAACGCCGCCGCAGGGACACGCGCAGAGGGAGCAGAGCAGUUCCUAGGGCUGGGGACAGAACUGGACCAGCGUCAGGAGCACAAGCAUGACGGAUCCACACAGCCGGACGCAGACACACCAGCACAUACAGAUACCCACACUCACAGACAUAAUCAGGAUUGCUUGCACCCGUGCGAUCGAGGGAGACAGGCCGCAGCACAGAGACUGAUUUCUUGGUAUCAACAGCUGCAUGUUAAUGACGAUGUCGCAUUUUACACGGGUAAUUUCUACGCGGCGCCUAUAGAAAAUUGACAAAGCGUGUUAUCUCGCCACCUGGCGAAUCCCGAUCGGAGCGACGGGUCACAGUGUGAUUAUUGGUAUUCAGCGCAGUGCACUUCAACUCUCCAUGCGUGCAGCACCAUCCUCGAUUGAGUUAGGAUUGUAUCAGUCAUAGUUUUUCUUCGAGAGGAGCCGGAUUUUCCCGGCCCUCUAUCUUGGAGGACCUGUCAAGGCAACUGUAACUGGUUCUGUCAGUGCAAGUUAAGAAUAUGCUCCUCUGUUUUUCUUGUUUCUUUUCCUGUGUUUUGAAAAGCGGCAUUUAUCAGAGUCGUUUUAUUUUGGAAUCGUAUUUAAGAUUGAAGUUAAAUAGCAAACCUGUUCUGUGAUCAAAGUUAAAAAAAAAACAACUUAAUAUUGAUAUGUCGUUCAUGAUUCUUAAACUUGCUAUUAAUAUUAGGAAUAUGUGUUAAUUUGAGUACAAGAUAUUUCUUUUUGAGGGGUCUAUAUAAUAUGAGAGUGAGCAUUUGUGUUGAUGUUAUUUAUGUAUUUUUGAGCAAUUGGACAUGAGGGUGACGCCACAGGAAGUAAAGGAAUGAAUGAAAUACCAGAGAGAGAAAGUGGAGGGGUACGUGUGACGAAGCAGUGAGAGACGAAGGCACUUGGGACGUGAUAUCGAUGGUCACAGAAAAGGACACGAUGGUGUGGUGAAUCUGUAGCCCUAUCAGAAUUAACAGAUUUUUCUAACCAAUCAAGACAAAUGUCUUUCCUGGGCUCCAGGAAAUCAGACAUUGAUGAGUACUUGCAUUUAUAAGAUGCCAAAUAAGUUCACUGUAUGUUGUGGGGAAUUUCCCUUAAUGUGGAAGUUUUUUUUUGUCCUUUUAGCAGAUGUAAUUGAACUUGGAUUUAACCAGCUUUGCAAUUUGGUCCCUAAAUAAUAUAACCAUCAUAUGAUUUGAGUUAAUUUAACUAUUGCAGAGAAUGUCAUACUUGAGAGUUUUAUUAAUGUGUAAUUGUCUGUUUGGCUCUGUAAGGAUUUGAUUAGAGGCGCAACUUAAAGCGUUUAGUCCCAUUAAUAACAACCAGAAACCACCUUUAAUUAUGCACACGCUGUGGGAUGUUUUAUAAGGCUCUGGAAACAAAGGCAUUCUUGUUUGUAUUUAUUGUAUGUAUUUUUUUCUAUUGGUGAAAUAGAAGUACUUUAAGUAUUUUAUAAUUAAUAAAUGUAUAUAUUGUAUAUAU